CAGAGGCAGCAGAUGGCCAACAGCAGCUCCAUCAGCCAGUUCCUCCUCCUGGCGUUGGCAGACACGCGGCAGCUGCAGCUCCUGCACUUCUGGCUCUUGCUGGGCAUCUACCUGGCUGCCCUCCUGGGCAACGGCCUCAUCAGCACAGCCGUAGCCUGCCACCACCGCCUGCACACCCCCAUGUACUUCUUCCUGCUCAACCUCGCCCUCCUCGACCUGGGCUGCAUCUCCACCACUCUCCCCAAAGCCAUGGCCAAUGCCCUCUGGGACACCAGGCACAUCUCCUACACAGGAUGUGCUGCUCAGGUCUUCUUUUUACUACUUUUCUUUGGUGCAGAGUAUUCCAUUCUCACCAUCAUGUCCUAUGACCGCUACGUUGCCAUCUGCAAGCCCCUGCACUACGGGACCUUGAUGGACAGCAGAGCUUGUGCCACCAUGGCAGCAGCUGCCUGGGGCACUGGGCUUCUCUAUGCUCUGUUGCACACUGCCAGUACGUUUUCUCAGCCACUGUGUCAAGGUAAAGUUGUGAACCAAUUCUUCUGUGAAAUCCCCCAGAUCCUCAAGCUCUCCUGCUCAGAAUCAGACUACCUCAGGGAAACUAUAUUUCUUGUGCUUAGUGUUCUUGCUGUAUUUGGGUGCUUUGCUUUCAUUCUUUUAACCUACGUGCAGAUCUUCAGGGCCGUGCUGAGGAUGCCCUCUGUGCAGGGACGGCACAAAGCCUUCUCCACGUGCCUCCCUCAUCUGGCCGUGGUCUCCUUCUUUGUCAGCACUGACUUUCUGGCCUACCUGAAACCGCCCUUCAUCUCCUCCCCAUCCCUGAACCUGCUGAUUUCAUUUAUGUACUCAGUGGUGCCUCCAACACUGAACCCCCUCAUCUAUAGCAUGAGGAACAAGGAGCUAAAGGAUGCACUGAAGGAAAUGAUGUUAUGGACACACUUCAGCAGGGAUAAACUUCUCAUCUGUCUCUACAAAUGA